AUGGUAACGGUCAGUGUGUUUACACCAACGAUAACAGUCAGUGUGAUUACACAAAUGGUAACAGUCAGUGUGAUAACACCAAUGGUAACANUUACACCAAUGAUAACAGUCAGUGUGUUUACACCAAUGAUAACAGUCAGUGUGUUUACACCAAUGGUAACAGUCAUUGUGUUUACACCAAUGGUAAUAGUCAGUGUGUUUACACCAAUGGUAACAGUCAGUGUGUUUACACCAACGAUAAAAGUCAGUGUGUUUACACCAAUGGUAAAAGUCAGUGUGAUUACACCAAUGAUAACAGUCAGUGUGUUUACACCAAUGAUAACAGUCAGUGUGUUUACACCAAUGGUAAAAGUCAAUGUGUUUACACCAAUGAUAACAAUUAAUGUGAUUACACCAAUGGUAACAGUCAGUGUGUUUACACCAACGAAAACAGUCAGUGUGUUUACACCAAUGGUAACAGUCAGUGUUAUUAUACCAAUUGUAACAGUCAGUGUGAUUACACCAAUGGUAACAGUCAGUGUGAUUACACCAAUGAUAACAGUCAGUGUGUUUACACCAACGAAAACAGUCAGUGUCGUUACACCAAUGAUAACAGUCAGUGUGUUUACACCAAUGAUAACUGUCGGUGUGAUUACACCAAUAAUACCAAAUUAA